AAGAAGAAGUACAGAGCCAAUCACAAAGCAGGGCUCCAUAUUGAAUCGAUGUUUUGCUCUGAAGUACUGCUCUUUCCCGACAGUUACUUUGGGUCUGUUUUUACUAAAGAAGUCGCAACUCGAAUAAGAAGAAUUUAUAUCCACACGAUAAACAACAAUGAAUCUAGCGGACAUCAAAAAAUUAAAAGUGCCCGAGCUGCGGUCCAGACUUAAAGAACUUGGGUUGGACAUUAGGGGGUUGAAAGCUGAGCUGGUAGGCAGGUUGUGGUCUGCUUUAGAGGCAAGAGAAAGUGAAGAAGCUGUUGAAGAAGGGCUAAAAUUACAAAAUGAUAUCUCAUUGACACGUCUGUCACCGACGGAGGCAGUGGACGUCCGCGCUUCGCCCUCAUCACCACCAACCGAACCUGGUGUUACUGCGCGAUGUAAACCAGACAGCAGCCGAGAGUUCACAGAUUCUGCCACACAGACUGAUACUGUCCUGCCAGCACCACAGCGAGGCUCUGAGUUUAUUUCAGAGUGUGUACCAGUGUACCAAGCAGAGGAGGAAGAGGCUGAGAUGCAGCAGGGAAAUGCAGACCGUCCCGGAGAGGACAGGAGAGCCCGGUUAUCAGAGGAGAUGUGCAGAGGAAGGGCUUUCUACGAGUUCAAAGAGGAGAUACGAUACAAAAGAGCCAAAUCUCCACAACCCCCGGUGGACAGAGAGGAGACAAGGGAGGAAGAUGAAGAUGAAGUCAGAUUAAAUCCAUAUGACAGUCAUCUCCAUUUCCAAAUGGGGCCCGAAUGUGCAUGCGGUCAGCCGCGGUUCUGGGCUCGAUUCCCCUCGCUGUGGUCAGGCUGCAGGCUGACCCACGGGGUGCUGCAGGGCAGGGUGGGCUUUGAGGUGAGGCUGGAGAAGAAGUUGUUGACUUCACAGCUGGAGGAACAAGAGGACACAAAUCCUCAUGGCCUGAGAGUUGGCUGGUCAAUGGCCAACACCUCUCUGCUGCUGGGUGAAGAUGAAUUCUCUUUUGCUUAUGAUGGGCGUGGUAAAAAAGUGUCAGGUGGGACGGAGGAAGAGUUUGGAGAGCCUUUCUCAGUGGGGGACAUCAUUGGCUGUUACGCUUCUUUGUCCACAGAUGGUUCCAUUGAGAUCUCUUUCCAUAAGAACGGCCGUUUCAUGGGUGUAGCCUUUUCUCUGGGCGCCUCUGUGCCACUGGGUCGAGCUCUGUUCCCUCACGUUCUCUGUAAGAGCUGUUCAGUGAGAUUUCACCUGGACCCCACUUCUCCUCCCUGGUAUCCCGGCCCUCCAGGGUUUAUGCCACUCGCAGCUCUUCCCGCUGGGCAGAGAGUUCGCGGUACAUUGGCUCCUGCCUUGAAAGCACAGUGUGAGGUGUUGCUGAUGGUUGGUCUUCCUGGUUCUGGGAAGAGUCACUGGGCCAGGACUCACAUGAAACAGCAUCCAGAGAAACAGUACAGACUGCUGGGCACAGAGGAGCUGCUCGCUUGUAUGAUUAGUGGUGGACAGAGGGACAGCAGGCUGCAGCAGGCCUCUCAGUGUCUAACUGAUUUGAUUAAGAUAGCUGCUCAGACUCCUGGCAACUAUAUCCUCGAUCAGUGCAACGUGCUCUUCUCUGCACGGCGUCACAAGCUGCAGCUGUUUGCGGGCUUCAGGCGGCACGUGGUGGUGGUUUUUCCCUCAGCAGAUGAGUGGAAAAGACGACUGGCCCAGCAACAGACGAGUGACUGGGAGCAGAUCCCGGAGACCGCCCUGCUCAAACUCCAAGCAAGCUGCAGUCUCCCGGAGCAGCCGAGCGACCUGCUGGAGGAGCUGCAGUAUGUCGAGCUGCCUCAGGAACAGGCACAGACGCUCCUGCAGGAGUAUAACGACGAGGCUCGCAGACUGCUGCCCCCCAUCCCCAAACAGGAGAAGAAGAAGAAGCCCAGACUUCAUAGGAAAAGACCCCACCCUCGCGGACCUCCACCUUCGCACAGGAUGCAGUGGACUGCACUUGAUGGGUGGAACGACACGAGACUCAACAUGCAGCCAUGGAGACCUCAGCCAAGAUAUUGGAACGAGGCUUGUCAGGAUCAGGGUUGCUACUACUACGGAGACUUUGGUGACAGCGGUUAUAAGGUUUACUGGUGAAGAAGCCUGCAGCAAGAGGAAAUAGAUGCCACUGCACUACCAUUGUUUACAAGGACAAAUUGCUCGUUUAAUUUAAAAAAACAAAAAAACAAAACAGAGAGCUAAAUACAUCAGAAAGAAAUAUCACACAGAACUACAGACCGCACGCAGUAUGAGUUGCUGCGUGGGCUGAUCAAAGAUAAUCAGUGUUGUAGUAUUCAAUCAGUAUUUAACACUACAGCCAAUCAAUUUUUAAGAUUUUUAUUUAAAAUAUUUUUUUAAAACAGAUCUUUUUCUGUACAGUGUACAAAUGAUGAACAGUAUACGGUAUUCUGUACAGUUUUAACACCAGUAUUGCGGAGAGCAUUUAAACUCAAAGAGUAAUAAAUUCCUGAACUUUAAA